GUUUGCUCCGAGCUCCGAGCUCGACUCUGCUCGCUGCGCGUUGGGGCUGCGGGCGAGGCCCUGCCCUGCAGGAGCGAUGGCAGAGGCCGUCGGGGAGACUGCGCCGGGGGAGGAGGAAGCUAAACAUACCAAGCCAUUUGCACCAGAGAAGGCAAAAGAAAUUAUAAUGUCUUCAAGACAACCUGUAAUCUUCUGUAACAUGGUUUCUGAUUGGCCAGCACAGCACUGGACAGCUAACCACCUUGCCAAGGUCCUCCGUGGCAGACAGCUUCGAUUCAGGAUGGGAAGAAAAAGCUCAGACACAGUUCCUCAGUUUGAAACUACGUGUAGUUAUGUAGAAGCUACACUUGAAGAGUUUCUGACCUGGAACAGUGACCUGUCUAGAAUUUACGGACCAUUUAGAGAUUACAAUCGUACCAAAUUCUGGGCUUAUGCUGACUAUAAGUACUGUGUCAGUCUAUUUGAAGACAACACAGAUAUUUUCCAGGAUGUAAUAUGGUCUGAUUUUGGAUUUCCUGGAAGAAAUGGACGAGAAAGUACAUUGUGGAUCGGCUCCCUCGGGGCCCAUACACCCUGUCACCUGGACUCCUAUGGUUGCAACUUGGUGUUCCAGGUACAAGGAAGGAAAAGGUGGCAUCUGUUUCCUCCUGAGGACACCCCUUUCCUUUGUCCAACUAGAAUCCCUUAUGAAGAAUCCAGUGUGUUCAGUAAAGUCAAUGUUGUCAAUCCUGAUUUAAGGCGUUUUCCUCAGUUCCGGAAAGCUCGAAGGCAUGUGGUCAUUCUGCACCCAGGACAGGUUCUGCUUGUUCCCAGACACUGGUGGCAUUAUGUUGAAUCCGUUGAUCCUGUCACUGUUAGUAUCAAUUCAUGGAUUGAACUGGAAGAAGACCACCAUGCCCGGGUAGAGGAGGCCAUCACCCGCACGCUUGUGUGUGCCCUGAAAACUGCAGAGGACCCGCAUAAUACUAGAGCCUGGCUGAACCCAACUGAGGUUGAGGAAACAUCCCAUGAAGUGAAUUUUCACUACUUAAAUGGAGCUGUUUCUGCCUUUAUGAAUCAUUAUGCAUCUAAAAUAAAAGACAUCCAAAUCCUGAGAACAAAUGAAGGGUGUAUGGGAGGGGAAGAUGUACUCGGGCAUAGUAACAUGGAGGUGGACGGAAGGCGAAGCCAGAGCCCAGCCUUUGGGGCAGCGGAACGGGAGACUGCAAGCUCCUUUGGCCCUGAUCUGAUCCCUGUGCUUCGGAGUUUGGAAGACCCUCCCUCAAGGCACGGAGGCAUAUGUGAAAGUGAUGCUAAUGACUCUGUGGGCCAGGAUGGAGAGCACUGUGGAGAAACACCUUGUACCAAAGGGCAGCCAGUGCGGACUCCUAGUGAGAAUGCAGCUGUGGAGCAGUCGGCUCCAAAUCGUCCUGCAGCUCCUUCUCAGACUGUCAUUUCUACAGAUGACUUGCUGGACUGCCUGGUACACCCACAAGUAACCAGGAUCGUGGCACAACUUUUGAUACAAGGAAGGAGUUUGUGAUUAUGAAAGGAAGAAAGAAAGAAAGAAAGACCCCAAAACUAAAUAUUUUAAACCUUUCCAAAAAAUUGUAUGAAUUUUGAA